AUGUCCAAUCACAACAUACAUCAGGUUAUUCCUAUUGUGGAGAAGACACACAAAGGAAGUAAAUGUGUCCAGUCUUUUCAGCAGUCUACAAAUUACAAUGAACAAGAGAAUAUGCAUACUGGGGAGGAGGCUUACAAAUGGGAUCCGUGUGGGAGGGCCUUCAUUCAAAUAUUCAAUCGAAAUAGACAGAAAAAAAUCCAUAAUAGAGAAAAACUUUACACAUGUGUAGAUUCUGGUAAAACAUCUAUUUGGUCUUCAGGUUGCACUGUAAAUCAGAGAAUUCAACCUGGAGAGAAGCCUUACAAAUGUAAAGCAUGUGGCAAAGCCUUUAAAUGUCAUUCAUCUCUUAUUGUACAUAAGGGAAGAAUUCAUACUAUUGCAAAAUUUUACAAACUCGGAGAAAAUGGAAAAGGCUUGAGUGAGUCCUCAAGACACACUCAACAUCAUAGAAAUCAUACGGGACAAAAGUCUUAUAAAUGUUCAGAAUGUGACAAAGCCUUUAGUCGGCCCUCAACCCUUAGUAUUCAUCAGACAGUUCAUACUGGAGAGAAGCCUUAUAAAUGUAGAGAAUGUGGCAAAUCCUUUAGACGUUCCUCAUACCUUACUACGCAUCAGAUCAUUCAUACUGGAGAGAAGCCUUAUAAAUGUAGAGAAUGUGGCAAAGCCUUUACCCGGCGCUCUACUCUUAGUAUUCACCUGAGAAUUCACACUGGAGAGAAACCUUAUGAAUGUAAUGAAUGUGGCAAAGCUUUUAGACAGUUCUCACACUUUACUUAUCAUCAGAGAGUUCACACACGAGAGAAGCCUUAUAAAUGUAGAGAUUGUGGCAAAGCCUGUCGCAACUCCUCAGACCUUACUAAGCAUCAGAGAGUUCAUACUGGAGAGAAGCCUUAUAAAUGUAGAGAAUGUGGCAAAGUCUUUAGCUGGCCCUCAAACCUUACUAUCCAUCAGAGAGUUCAUACUGGACAGAAGCCUUAUAAAUGUGUAGAAUGUGGCAAAGCCUUUAUCGAUUCCUCCAACCUUCAAAAUCAUCAGAGUGUUCAUACUGGAGAAAAGCCUUAUAAAUGUAGAGAAUGUGGCAAAGCGUUCAGUAAUUCUGCAAAACUUAAUCGACAUCACAGAGUUCAUUCUGGAGAGAAGCCUUAUAAGUGUAGAGAAUGUAGCAAAGUCUUUAGCCAGUCCUUCUCCCUUAAUCGUCAUCAGAGAGUUCAUACUGGAGAGAAGCCUUAUAAAUGUAGGGAAUGUGGCAAAGCUUUUAGAUGUUCGUACUCCGUUUAUAUUCAUCAGAGGGUUCAUACUGGAGAGAAGCCUUAUAAAUGUAGGGAAUGUGGCAAAACCUUCAGUGAGUCCUCAAAACUUAAUCGCCAUCAUAAAAUUCAUACUGGAGAUAAGGCUUAUAAAUGUAGAGAAUGUGGCAAAGCCUUUAUCCGGUCCUCACACCUUACUUAUCAUCAGAGAGUGCAUAAUGGGGAGAAGCCUUAUAAAUGUAGAGAAUGUGGCAAAGCCUUCAAUGAGUCCGAACGACUUAAUAUACAUCAGAGAGUUCAUACUGGAGAGAAACCUUAUAAAUGUAGAGAAUGUGGCAAAGCCUUUAGAAGUUCCUCGUCCCAUAAUCUACAUCAGAGAGUCCAUACUGGAGAGAAGCCUUAUAAAUGUAGAGAAUGUGGCAAAUUCUUCAGAUGGUCCUCACAACUUACUAAGCAUAAGAAAGUUCAUCCUGGAGAGAAGCCACAUGAAUGAAGAGAAUGUGGCAUAUCCAUUGGCAGCUCCUCAAACCUUACAGCACAGCAGAGAGAUCAUACUGGAGAGGAGCCUUAUAAAUGUAAAAACUGUAACUAAGUCUUUAAUCAGUGUUCCUGCCUUAUUGUACAGGAGAGUUCAUACUUGAGAGAAGUAUUACAGAUAUGAGGAGCCUCAUAAGUCCUUGACCAGCAGUGAGAACUUGCUGAACACAGAAUUCUGUCUGCGAAUAAGCCUUGUGAAUGUGAAAAAUGUUGUGAAGCCUUUAAAAGCCAUUCAUGUAUUACUGUACAUGAGAGACUUCAUAGUGAAGGAGGAACCUUUCAAAUGUAGAGCAUGUGCAAGAUCCUGUACCUAUAGCUCAAAAUUUACUGGCUAUCACAGACUUAUAGUGGAGGAAAGCCUUACACUGUAGAAAAUGCUAGAAAGCCUGGCUGGCUUGCCUCAAUGGUUUAGUUUGGAUGUAUGAACCAGGAGGCCAAGGUGCAAUUCCUGGUCAGGGCACAGGUACCAGUUGGGGACUCAAUUCCAGCUGUGGGUUGUGUAGGAGCCAGCCAAUCAGUUAUUCCCUCUCAUCAUUGAUGUUUCUAUAUCCCCAUCUUUUUUCCUCUCUGUGUUAUAACAAUGGCAUCUAAACCUCUUCCUCCCCCACAUCAGCCCUUCAGGCCCCUCUAGCUUCUGUUCAGUAGUUUGGAAUUUUACUAAUGCUGUAACUGACAUCAGAAUUUGGUGUGUGUGUGUGUGUGUGUGUGUGUGUAUAAAACUUUAUAUUCAUGAAAUAGGAAGCCCACUGUUCUAUUUUUA